AUGGCUUUGAACUCUCUUCUUACACAAUUCAAUCAAUUUAAGGUAAGCUAUAAUUGUCAAAAAUACUUUUGGUUCCUUAAUGAGCUCAUUUCACAUUGUGUGCAAAAGGAGGAGAGGUUAAAAUCAAAACGAUGUGAAAGUGUUAUUCUCACUCUAUCCUCAUCAAAAAAGGUAAAGAAUAAAGGAAAAUGCAAGGACAAACAAAUUGUUAAUAGUCUAUCUAAGAAUAAGUAA